AUGGCGGCCAAACCCAAGCUCUACUAUUUUCGUGGCAGGGGCAGGAUGGAGUCAAUCCGCUGGCUACUGGCUGCAGCUGGAGUGGAGUUUGAAGAAGAAUUUCUUGAAAAAAGAGAACAAUAUGAAAAGUUGGAGAAGGAUGGAUGCCUACUUUUCGGCCAGGUGCCUUUUGUUGAAAUGGAUGGAAUGAAGCUAACACAGACUAGAGCCAUCCUCAGCUACCUAGCUGCCAAGUACAAUUUGUAUGGGAAGGACCUGAAGGAGAGAGUCAGGAUUGACAUGUACACCGACGGCACCCUAGAUUUAAUGAUGAUGAUCGCAUUGGUUCCUUUCAAACCCCCAGAGGAAAAAGAGGAGAACAUUGCAUUAAUUGUGAAGAAGGCAAAAACUCGCUACUUACCUGUCUUUGAAAAGGUUUUGAAAGACCAUGGAGAAGACUUUCUUGUUGGCAACAAAUUCAGUUGGGCAGAUGUACAACUGAUAGAAACUAUUUUAAUGAUGGAAGAACUCAAUGCUUCUAUUCUUUCUGACUUUCCUCUGCUGAAGGCAUUUAAAACGAGAAUCAGCAACAUUCCUACAAUUAAGAAGUUCUUGCAACCUGGGAGUCAGAGGAAGCCAUGCCCUGAUAAGCAAUACGUUGACGUUGUCAGACACAUUUUGCAGUUUUAA